AUGUUCAAAAAAGAUAUUCCCCCAAGCAACCGGUCGAAGGUCAAGUCCUCCGUGCAGCGCGGUCUGCGCCAGAAGCUCCUGGAGACAUACCCGGGCUUUGAGCCUUUCAUUGAGGAUGUUAUGCCUAAGAAGGCUUCCCUGGAAGCUGUGAAACUCCCCGAACGUGUCACACUAUACACAAUAUACUCCACCCCUCUCUUUUUCCAGCCCAUCGACGGACCCCCAGUUCCCCACCUCCGCCUGGUCCACGCCUACCCCUCCGCCAUCCCAACAAUUCAGAUUGACCGCGGUGCCAUUCGCUUUGUGCUAUCUGGCGCAACACUCAUGGCCCCCGCUGGUCAGAUUGUCGGUGUCAAGGCCGAGGGCAAGGAAGAGAUUUGCCUUAUCGGUAUGCUGAAGGUUGGCACCGAGGAGAUCAAGAGCAAAGGAAAGGGCGUUGUCAUGGAUGAAGGUCAUUACCUGGGUGAUGGUCUAUGGAGAAUGCAUUUGGAUUAA